AUGGUUUUACUUCGACAGGGCAUGCAACAUGUUCGAAAUUACUAUAACUCCGAAGCUCAAAUGAUAAGAAACAACUUUUCACGGUCGACGUUCAUCUCACAAACAUACAAAAGCAGUUUCUUGAAGCAAAGAUCAAAGGCAGAGAACAAAUUACUAGCAGCCAAGAAACACAGUGAAGCAGAAAAGAGACGUAGAAUGCGAAUCAAUGGUCAAUAUGACACCCUCCGCGAUAUCCUCCCCAACUUGAUCAAAAAGGACAAGGCAUCAAUACUAGUGGAGACUAUCAAGCAAGUGAAGGAGUUGAAGAAAAAAGCAUCAAAACUAGAAGAAGAUAAUCAUGGUACCUCAAAGGAGGUCAAGUUUCCAAGUGGAGUAGACAAAUUGAGUUUGGAAAAGUGUAAUGAUAAGGAGGGUUUAGUGAAAGCUACAUUAAGUUGUGAGGAUAGACCAGGAUUAAUGUCUUCUAUAGCAAGAGCAUUAGGGUCAAUGAAAGCCAAAGUUGUAAAAGUUGAGAUGGUGACAGUAGGUGGAAGAAACAGAAGUGUGUUAUGGGUGCAAGGUAUUGAAAAUGAAGGUUUGGGGAUGCUUAAGAGUACUUUAAAAGUUGUCAUGCAUAAGCCAAGCUCUAAGAUGAGACGGUUUACUCAAUAAGUGUUUUUUGUUAUAGGAUUCACUUAAUUCUGACUUAUGUUGGUAAAGUGCUGACUAAAGAACUAUAACAUGUAAAAGCUAAUUACAUGUUUUCUUUCUAGGUUUAAGGAACACAUAAUAAUAACUUUAGGGGAACUUUGUAGAACUGAGACUCCACCAUAAGGCUUGUUUACUUUUGCAAGAAACAUUCAGCUCUUAGUUUGUAUAUGAAUAUCAUAUCCAACUCUUUAAAUGAAG